AUGAAGACCUUUACUUCAAUGCACGCAAUGAUUCUUGCACUUUCAGCAAGAGCAGGCCUCGCCGCGAUCACUCAGGGGAUCUCCGAGGGCGCUUAUGGCCGGUUGGUCGAAAUGGCGACCAUCUCUCAAGCUGCCUACGCAAACCUGUGUAAUAUUCCAUCAACUCUCACCACGGCGGGCAAAAUCUACAAUGCAGAGACGGAUAUAAACGGGUGGGUUCUUCGAGACGAUAGCCGUCAAGAAAUAGUCACUGUCUUCCGUGGAACGGGAAGUGAGAAGAACCUGCAGCUCGACACCAACUAUACGCAGGCACCUUUCGACACGCUCCCUCGAUGUAGCGGGUGUGCCGUUCACGGAGGUUACUAUGUUGGUUGGAUAUCUGUGAAGGACCAGGUCGAGUACCUUAUCCAACAGCAGGCGAGUCAAUAUCCCAGCUAUAGUCUGGUAAUUACAGGCCAUAGCCUGGGUGCGUCGAUGGCUGCAAUAUCCGCGGCUCAACUUUCUGCCACGUACAAUAAUGUUACCGUCUACACAUUUGGUGAACCUCGAACCGGUAACCAGGCCUACGCAUCGUACAUUGAUGAGACUUUCCAAGCUACAAACCCGGAUACGACGAAGUUCUAUCGCGUUACUCACACUAACGACGGUAUUCCUAACGUGCCUCCUACUUCGCAGGGCUACGUUCACCACGGAGCAGAAUACUGGAGUGUGGAACCUCACGGCGCCCAGAACAUGUUCGUCUGUAUGGGAGAUGGGGUCCAAUGCUGCGAAGCGCAAGGCGGACAGGGAAUUAAUGACGCGCAUGUUACCUACUUUGGAAUGGCAAGCGGAUCCUGUAGAUGGUAG